CAUUAUAAGUUUGAGAAUCAUUGAGUGCUUCGGUUGUGAGCAGAUGUGAGUGAAUUUUCCGGAAAAAUAAAAGUACGAACAAAAUAUUUGGGUGUGCAAAAUUUUCUAGUAAAAGUAAUCAAAAUUUCUGAAACCGGUGGAAAUUGGAAUGUGAGUUUCUAUUCAAACUGCUAAGGAGCAUAAUGAAGUGAAUAUUCUGGAAACACAUACGCGCUUCGAACAGAAAUGAUAAAAACCCAGCGGGCAUAAAUAAAAACGAAGAAGAAUAUACGAAUGACUUGUGCGUGUAGUUUCAAAAAAUUCCAUUAGCUUCAAUUUUCAUUGUUUAUAUGAAAUGAUGGCUUAAAUUUUCAGUAGAGAAAUGAAAACUGUGACAGCAAAUAGAGUAAAAAAUAAUUAAAAACAACGGAAAGAAUUAAUUUUUUCCUUUCUUUUGAUAACAUACUAAAGCCUUAUACAAAUUCUUCGUGCAUGCUUCCGGAAUUGUUGCUACGCCUACAUUUAUUCCUUGAUGACUUACUGAAAUCAAAGAACGAACUUGUGCAGAUUGUCACCGAUUUUACAUUAUUCUCCUUCGAUCAUCUACAUCUGAUAAAACUCAUAGCUAAAAUGUCGACGGCAUUUCUUACCGCCAUAGCGGUCAUAAUGUGCAUCCUGUUUCGUAUACUAAACGUUAACAGUCAGCCGCUAAAACCAAGCGUUUGGUGUUUGGAUCAACAGUUUCUGGAUUGUAUCUAUAAAAUUGCACCAGUAUUAAGAGAACCUUAUGUUCCCACGCGCCUCUGGGGUUUUAGUGGUCACGUACAAACGGUGCUGCAUAGCAUAGUAGGCCGUGUGAAAUGUCCUUGGCCAUUGGGCGAACGUGUAUAUCUCUUGCUCCAGGAUGGCUCUACACUCACCUAUGAUCUUUAUCAACCGAUAAACGAAGCAGAGGAUGAUGUCACCAUCGCUAUUUGUCCAGGUAUUGGCAAUACCUCGGAGAGUGUGUAUAUACGCACAUUCGUACACUACUCACAAAUGCAUGGCUACAGAUGUGCCGUACUUAACCACAUCGGUGCACUAAAUAGUGUACAAGUCACAUCUACGCGCAUCUUCAGUUAUGGUCACACGGACGACUUUUCCGAUAUGGUUAAUAAUUUACAUAAGAAAUAUCCAAAUAGCCGUAUUGUGGCUGUCGGUUUCAGUUUAGGUGGCAAUCUUGUGACUAAAUAUAUGGGAGAAUCAGCAAAGUCAAAACCGAACACCAUACUUGGUGGCAUAUCGAUUUGUCAGGGGUACAACGCAGAGGAAGGUACGAAGUGGCUUUUGAAUUGGCAAAAUUUCCGUCGCUUCUAUCUGUAUGUGAUGACAGAGAAUGUGAAGAGUAUCAUACUCAAGCAUCGUCAUGUUUUGCUGUCGGACGAGGUGAAAGCACGUCACAAUCUAAAUGAACGUGAGAUUAUCGCUGCCGCUACACUGCCAGAAUUAGAUGAGGCUUAUACACGUCGUGUGCACAAUUUCUCCACCACACAGGAGCUAUAUAAGUGGAGUUCAUCACUACACUUUUUGGACAAUAUCGACAAACCAAUGAUUUUCAUUAAUGCUAAAGAUGAUCCAUUAGUGCCAGAGGAGCUUCUGCCACCUAUUAAAGAAUUCGCAUCGUCCCGCCCCAAUGUGGCAUACAUUGAAUUGGCUCAUGGUGGACAUUUGGGAUUCUAUGAAGGCGGUUUAAUCUACCCUAACCCAGUUACAUGGCUGGAUCGCACUGUAGUCGCCAUGGUUGGCUCCAUAGUAAUGCUACAUAUGGAUGCUGUGUCCAGUGCACAAAAAGUUGGUUAUGAAUAGGUGAAACAACACGUUUCACACGCAAACACAUGUGGAAAUGGCACUUAAAUUAACAUACAUAUAUAAUGCGAAUGAGGAAAGGUCGCAGUACAAUUAAGUUCUCUAAGCAUAUACAUACAUACAUAUGUACGUAGGAAAAAUGCACAAACCAUGAACAUUUCCUUUGAUAAAUUUUGUAAAAUUGAAAUGCUUACUUUUGUUGAAUUUUUAAUUCGUAUUUGUUCAUGCAAACAUAUGUAAAUUCGCCUUCGCAUUUACAAAGAAAAAUUGAAAAAUAAUAAAACAAUUGUUGUUUUCUGCAUUUGUUGUUUUUAUAUAAUUGUGCAAAAUUAAACGAACUUAAAUGUAUUAAAAAAUUAUUCAAAGACUUUGAAUAAAAAAAUUCCAUUUUUCCUAAAUAUAUUUUUAGGUUAAAUUAAUUGUAUGCAUUUGCCAAGCAAUUAUUUACAUAUAUAAAUGUAAUCUUCUUUAUGCUAUUUUGCCUAUUUAGAAUUUUUCACUUUUAUCUUUAAAGCCACUUAUAUAGAUUGUUAACUAUUUAUUAUUUUAUAUUUACAAAUAAUAAUUUUAGAACUUUUUUGCAACUCAUCAUAUCAUAAUAGCAACCAAACGGUUAUACCAUAAAUUAGCGCUCAACUUUUUUAAUAUACCUCUUGUAUUACAUUUUAAACGUUUUAAAUUAGUUGUUACACCGGAUUAAUAAUUUAAUAUUUAACUUUGAUGUUAAUAUUAAGUUAAUUGUUUAAAUGAAGACAGUAAUUAUUACCCAAAAUCUAAAUUACGUAAUAAAAAUUAAAA